CGACAGAAUCAGGUGUCCGUCUGUCUGUGAUGGUGUUGCUCUACAACGGAGUCGACGACAGUCAGGUGCACACGCCGACACACACUCAUUCCCACGUUCUGUGCUUGUGUUUGUUGCGCGUAGCUCACCACAGGAGAGAUCAGGUCAGCAAACGCACUUGCACAAGAAGGAGGACGAUGCACUUGUCGAUUCAUCGUGUGGCGUGUUGCCUGUGUGUGUGCCCACAAGGCAUACCUGACAGAAGAGCAGAGGCGCAUCAAGGUCUUGCAGCAGUACCUCGUCAGCGAGUACGCAAAGCUGCACAGCCGCUCACUCGUACUCAUCGAGUGUGUGUGUGUGUGUCAGGGGUGUCCGUGAUCCCAGUGACUUCCCAGUGGUGCCUCCAGUUCAUGUGAAGGAGUGGGAGCAACGGCAGCAGCAGCAGCAGCUCGAGCCUCCCACGCCGGCCGAUGACGCAUACCAAUACAAUGACCGGGGUAAGGGUGGCGUGCAUGCUUCUUGCCUUAUCGUGUGCGCAUUCGCCUGCGCCCGUAUGUGUGUGUGUGUGUGUGCAGGUGAGAGCCCUCAGGCUCUCACCUGCAGCGAGGGAGGGAGUCCCACCUCGGCAGAACAGAAAUUGGGUAGGUAGUGCACUGACAGACACGCCGAUACGAUACACACAUUCAUACUCGCUCGGUCUAUGGCUGCGUGCGUGGCGUGUUGCAGCGCCCUCUCCCCAGCUAUACGACGACGACAGCAGCAAUGUAGAGGCGAUGCCGCCCAUCCACACCCCCACAACCGCCAUGGACUCGCCGCCGUCGACAUCUGCCUGGCCGCACGGUCCGCCCAAACUCAUACCAUCGUGCAGGUUUAUGUAGUUGCAUUCUACUCUCUGUGUGUGUGCAGGCAAUCGCGGCUCUCAUGCACGAGUUCGCAUGAUGGCGAAAGAACAGGCAUGUGUUGUCUGUGGUGCGGCUAUCUACCUUCAUGUGACGUCUAUGUGCGUGUGUGUGUGCGCAGGGGGCCCAGCUGCUCGGAGCAUUCGUGAAAGCCGCCGGGACAUACGAGGACGUGCGUCUGUGUGUGGGCACCGGAUGCACGUAACCCCCAGUGACUUGCACGUUGUUGUGUGUUGACCUGAUCAGUUCCUCAAGCAAGUGCAAGACGUCACCAUGACACAUCAGGUACCUUACACGCCUACCAACACGACACACAUACACACAUGAAGGGGUAUACACACGCUGCACACGCGUUUCUGUGUGUGUCUGCAGGUGGAUGAGCUCCUGACGGAAAAGUGCAGCGAGUGGCGGUCGCUGUCGAGAGGUGAGCUCACUUGCACACGCACACGCACACGCACACUCGUACAUCAUCCAUACGUACGUGCGGGCCGCGUGCGUCUUUCGUUUCGUUUGUUCUUCAGUAUCCCAGCUGCGCGAGGCGUACAAGGAGCUGACCAAGCGCCUCUAUUGCGUUAGUGGCCAUACACACAUGAGAAGUGGCUCUAUGCGACGCGACACGUGAGUGUGUGUGUGUGUGUCAGCGGGCCCCCGGCAGCUGCCGCAAGCUCGAGCACAGUGACCUGCAGACCGCCAAACACUCGAGUACGGCUUUCGCACACGAUUUGCUGAUUGAAUGCCUUUACGUGCUUGUCUGUGUCCAUAUCCACAUCCGCCUGUGUGCAGAGGACGGCCCCCGGUGCGACUUCGACAACUCUUUCAUUCGCUUCUUGCGCGACUUCUUUAUCGCCAACUAUGUCAAGGUAUCUCCGCAGACACACACACAUGAGUCCCUCUGCACGUCAAUGCAUUCAUUAACGCAGAUUGGCGCCCUCACUGUGGACAAUUCGCGGCACUCUGCUGUGGAUCAGCUGACCAUCAAAGUCGACGAGACGCCCCUACUCGACGAACACCGUAUGGCACAUGUCACAGGCAGACAAACACGAUCACCGAACAGGUGUGUGUUUCUUCACCUGGUGCAUUCGUUCAUGACACGCAGAUCGUCUGGGUCAGAAGGAUGGCGGUCUCAACUGGGCGUGGAAGGCCACCAUGAAGCAGGGCAAGUGCACGCAGGUGCGCACCACACACGUGUCCAUGUGCGUGGGUGGGUGAGGAUAUCACUUCUCCCCAUCUUUCUCUGCGUGUGCAGGUCUUUUUCAUGAUGACCUACUGGCCACACGACAUGCUGCAGGCAACCACCACCACCACCACCACCACGAUGACAAAUACACACGUGUGCAUCCAUCCAUAUGCACAUCCUUGUGUGUGCAGGCUGUGUGCGACAAGUUCGCCGAGGUGGUCAACGACUUCAUCAGCAAGAAAGGGCGCCUCAAAGAACCACCCAGGUGAGCGAGGCACCCACACCCACACCCACACAUGUGUACGUGUCUGCUUUGUAUGGUUGUCAGGGUGUGGAACAACCUGAGGACGCCUCUAUAUCUUGCCUUCACCUCGCCCACACUCAGGAGCUGGGACACACUGGUACGCUACGCUCACAGACACCAACACCCACCCUAUGAUAUGCGCAUGCAUUAGUCACAAGUCCGUUCGUUCGUUCGUUCAUCUGGGUGUGGUGUGUGUAUGCAGCAAGUGUGGGCGUCUUGCAACCGGCCUUCAGGCCCGCACUACGACUUCAGAGGCCACGAGCCUCCCCCUCAGAGCAGCCGAGACCACGCCAGCAGGCCGAGCAAUCGCGGCGGCGGCGGAUACAACUGCUGACACAGACAAGGUGAAAGACUCCUCUUGUGUCGUGUGUCGGGUGUGCUUCCUACCUCCAACUUGGAGUCCUGUUUGGCUUCGAAAACCCAGUUGUCGAGUAAGAGUUGGGCUACGUGCUCGGCGCUGUCGUCAUCAGGGAUGCCGAUGCUGGCCUUGAGAAAGAUCCACAUGGCCUCGGACACACCCUUAUGCUGCUACAUGUCUGUGCUGUGUUGUGUGUCAGUGUGGUGGUCGUGGUGGCGGUCGUGGUGGCCGAGGCAGACAGAGCGGAAACAACAGCGGCAUCUUCUGAGCGACAGAUACGUGAUACAUGUGCGUUUAAUCGAUCAAUUCGCCGUAUGAGAGGUCUUUUUUUUCUGUGUGUCUCCGUGUCUGCUGGGCUGUGAGCGAGACAUGGAGAGGUUUCUGUCCGCACAUUUGAGAGACACAUUUGAGCAGGAAAGCGCUGCCAUGGUCCGUGACGGAUGGAUGACAGGUGGAUCGCCGUGACGCGCUGAGGGCCUUGUAGGUGCGUGCUGGCAGUGUCGUGUGCCUGUUUUGCUGACUGAAGUACAUGCGGAUUCAGCUGUGAAUGGUUCGUGCAUGCCUGUGCCUUCCAUCUCUG